AUAGUUCAUAUCCAUCCUUCACUAAAGGAAGCAUCAGAAUGAUACCACAAACUCCAAACGUCUUAGACACAAAUGACUAUUCACAAACAUUGGGGAAAUCACAGCAGAUAUUUAAAGAACAUGGUGAAUUGGCAGGAACUGGGCAGAAACCAUUAUGUACAGAGAGUAAUUUAGUCAUCAAACAAGAGGACAACAUUUAUGCCUUAUCUAGUGAAAUGAUUAUCCCUGAGGAUAAACCACACACAGUUACUGAGUUUAAAGAAGAGAAAAGUUUUAAGUUUAGCCAAAUGAUUAAUACAAAGGAUAAACCUCACACAUGUACAGAAUGUGGGAGAUGUUUAACAUCUAAAGGAAGCCUUAUGUAUCACAGAAAGACCCACAAAGGGGAGAAACCUUUCACAUGUAAUGAGUGUGGGAGAUGUUUCACAUCCAAGGCAAAUCUUAUAUCUCAGGAAAAGACCCACACAGUGGAGAAACCUUUAACCUGUACAAAAUGUGGAAAACGUUUUACAAACACGCAUAAUCUGAAAACUCAUGUAAGGAGUCACACAGGAGAAAAGCCAUUCACAUGUACAAAGUGUGGAAAAUGUUUUACACUAAAGUGUAAUCUGAAAACUCAUGAAAGGAUUCACACAGGAGAAAAAGCUUUCACAUGUACAGAGUGUGGAAAAAGUUUUAGACAAAAGAGUGAUCUAAAAACUCAUGAAAGGAUUCACACAGGAGAAAAGCCUUUCACAUGUACAGAGUGUGGGAAAUGUUUUACACAAAAGAGUGAUCUAAAAACUCAUGAAAGGAUUCACACAGGAGAAAAACCUUUCACAUGUACAGAGUGUGGAAAAGAAUUUACAGUAAAAAGUAAUCUGAAAACUCAUGAAAGGAUUCACACAGGAGAA